CUCAACGACAAGAAACAUGUAGGCUCCUCGAAUUUUCAAUGAUUGAUUGAUGCUGAACAAACUUGGUUCGCAGGUCACAGAAAACCCGGAGGCGACGCUGUGGUCGGAUUUUGAUUUGAAUUAUGUUUAUGAAUUCGCUCAGGGUCAAUAACAAAUGCACUGAAACGGCACAGGAGAAUUUGUCAGUGGUUGAGGAAAAUAAUCUGAAAGCAGACGGUUGGGUCGUGCAGGACUCACUAUGCCAGGUCUUGAAUACUUUUGAACAAGAACUCUCUCGUGUUCCCGCGUGCCAGUUGAAAAUUGCGCCUUGCAGCGCAAAUUCAAAUUGUCAAGCACUUUUCCGUUUGGAGAGAAACGGACAUGAACGACACGUCGUAUCAUAACCUCAUCAUGAAGCACAUGGACCAUAAUGCUUUGAUGUAUGGCUGGGAUAACAUCACCAACAUCUCCCUGGGUGACCAAAACAACACGGAAUGCGCCCAAGUUAUGAUCCCGCACGAACUCUUUCUGACUCUGGGUUUAAUAAGCCUGGUGGAGAACAUUUUAGUUGUGCUUGCGAUCAUCAAAAACAGGAAUCUGCAUUCCCCAAUGUACUAUUUCAUCUGCUGCUUGGCGGUCUCCGACAUGCUGGUGAGCGUCAGUAACGUGGUGGAGACGAUGUUCAUGUUACUCACUGAGCACGGAUUGCUGGUCUUCACGCCGCAUAUGAUGAAGCACCUGGAUAACGUCAUUGACAUCAUGAUCUGCAGUUCGGUGGUGUCCUCCCUGUCCUUCCUCAGCACCAUCGCUGCCGAUCGCUACAUCACCAUUUUUUACGCACUACGCUACCACAGCAUCAUGACAACGCAGCGAGCGGUGACCGUCAUCGUGAUCAUUUGGCUGGCCAGCACCAUCUCGAGCACCCUGUUCAUCGUCUACUACACAGACAACGCCGUUAUCGUGUGUCUGGUGACGUUCUUCUGUAUCACUUUGGUUUUCACCGCGGUCCUCUAUCUGCACAUGUUCGUUCUGGCCCACGUGCACUCCAGGCGCAUAGUGGCCUUCCACAAGAGCCGCCGCCAGGCCACGAGCAUGAAGGGAGCCAUCACUCUGACCAUCCUGCUCGGCGUCUUUAUCAUCUGCUGGGGUCCGUUCUUCCUCCAUCUCAUCCUCAUCCUCACCUGUCCCAGAAGUCCGUACUGCACCUGCUUCUUCAGCCAUUUCAACUUGUUUUUAAUUCUGAUUAUCUGCAACUCGCUCAUAGACCCUCUGAUCUACGCGUACAGGAGCCAGGAGCUGCGCAAGACCCUGAAGGAACUUGUGCUCUGUUCCUGGUGCUUCUGAUGUAAGACGACCUGAAGAGGCUUAUCGUCUGGAAUGUGCUGUUCCAACAAUGAUUUUUGCCUUGACCACAAGACUGCAACAAACUGCAAAAAAAUCCCAACAAUUCCUGGAAAGGUGGCAACUGAAAGUGACGGACUAAACUGUGAUUCGGAGACUGAUACAGUAGCCUAGAUAAACUUUGAGAAAAUAUUUCUGCGAGGAAACGACCGUAACUUACAAUGUGUCAUCCGAAUAAUCUUUUUAUGUUAUUUUUCACA